CGGCUGCAGCAGGGGAAGAUGACUCUCAUGGGUCAGGACGAUUGUGCCUGGAUGUACCCACCUCCGCCCGAGGGUUACCCUGGUCCUGUCUACGCGGUAAAGGAGGACAUGCUGUGUGCUGCAUCACGCAAAACUGAAAAAUCUAUCUGCAGAGGAGACUCUGGGGGCCCCCUGGUCUGCCCAGUAGAAGGUGUCUGGUACCUGAUAGGCAUUACCAGCUGGAGUUCAGGCUGUGAAUCUCCUGUGGCACCCAGCGUCUUUGCCAAUGUCACCUACUUUGCCAACUGGAUCGAGGAGAAAAAGCAGGCCAGCCCUGAUCCCGACAUCGCCUUGGCCCCUCCUCAGGAAGGGGCCCCUGCCCUGAUUGCCUUAGAUUCUCAGGACAGUGUGCUUGAGUCCAAGAGUUUCGGAAUCCUGAUGUCUUCUCAGAUCUUCCUACUGCAGCUCACUUUGCUCGGGAACCUGUGACAGGCCCCAGCACCCUGGUGCCAUGUUCCCUCCUGGCUGAGCUGGGUAGCACCUUGCCACGCGUCCCCCUGGCCCUGUCUGUCCAUCUGAGGCCAACUGUGCUCCAGAACUGACAAAAUAAAAACAAACGGGAAGC